AUCAACAAGUGUUAGGAUGGAUAGGCCCACAGCCACAUCAAGUGACUCUUCCCCAACUGCAGAGAACCAAGAGGUGGAAUCAGACUUUCUCCGAAGUGUGCACGCUCUUCUCCGAGAACUUGAUGGUCACCACCCAGCCUUCCAGAGUGAGCAAGGGAUGCUGCAAUGGACCUUGCACAAGAAAAUUGACAGGAAUCUGAACAAUGGAGUCCUCUUGGUCAAAAUCUUGGUGAAAGAAUUGGAAAGGGCAGAAAGAUGUGGCUAUCGACAAUAUAUCAUCCCCUUGCUUCAUACGCUGAUGUACACAGUGGUGAAGGUUCCUUGCAUUCCAGAUGAUUUGUAUGAAAGGAUGUAUGAUUUCUGCAAGAAGUUACUCACUCUGCCAAAACCUUACUGCACCCUUGGACUGCAUUAUGCUUGGCAGUUAAAACUGGAAAGGACAGUACCAGGAAUAUUAUAUCAAAGAAUGGUCUCUGCAGAGCAAAGUCUCAAGAAUGACUCAUUACCAUAUCAGGAAAAGAUUUUCAUGUUUGCAGAUCCAGAUUUGCUCUCUGAGGAUGUGUGCAGGGCAAUUGCCACUGAGGUCAAGGCUGCUCAGGCAUCGCACUGCACCAGAUCCUGCAUGAUCUGUGUGAUAGAACAUGCUCUCCAAGAAGGGCUAAAAGAACUCUGUGAUUUUAGGACAUUGCAAACAAUUCUUCAGGCAAAGCCCCUAGAUGUGAUUGAGCACUGUUUCCAGCAGGUGGUAGCAGCCAUGGAACAUGCCGGAAGUGAUAUGAAUGCAGACUGCAGUCAGUAUGUUGAAGAACUGGAGAAAAUCUAUAGCACUGUAUUAACCACUUCAAAGAAAGAUGUGGAGGAGACUGCAGCAGAAGGAAGCCUAGGCACCCCUUUGCCCAGCCCCAACAUCAGCUUCCACUUGUGGACAGAUGAAGACCAGCUCUGGAAAGAGCUAGUGCUGUUCCUCCAUCCACAGAGUCAGUCCUGUGAAGAGGACUCUCUAAAUCAAGUAUUGGAUAGAUCUGAGAGUCAAGAAAUGGGACCUGACUAUGAUGGUUGUGAGCAGGCACGCUUCUCUGUGUUGUCCACCGACAGUGGUAUUGAGCGGGACCUCCCCAUGCCAGAUGAAGUUCCUGAAGUUGAGUGCUCCCGACUCCAGAGGAAGGGGGGCAUAAAGAAGAAGGCUUCUACUCUGGACUGCUUAUCACUCCUACAGACUGGCUGCAAUGAGCAAGGUGCAAAACCUGCUGGGAAAAUGCACUGGAAAUGUGGUGGUAAUGUAAUGGAACCCAUCGCUCAUAUGAAAAGACUGCACAUGGCUCGGGUCUUGGUUCUAGGUGAUGAUAGAGCUUUGGCACGCCUUGUCCAGGCUUAUUAUUCCUUGAGGAAGCGAGAGAGUAGACAUGCAUAUCUUACACCCAGGCUAAAAGUACAAUUUUAUUAUGUGCCUGUGAUGGAAGAACAGCCCAGCUCUUACUUCAUGGAGGAAUAUGCUCUGCCUGACCUGACAGAGCCUUGUGAGUUGGCUGCUUACCUUGGAAGAGUUGAUCCAUGGUACGAGAGCAAUGUCAACGCUCUGUGUCACAUGAUACCAAAGCUGGCCACCAUGCCCUCUACUCCAAGUAAAAUUUCUGUCUCAGAGCUGUUCAUCAUUGAUGUGAUCACAUAUUAUGUGCGUCUGGGUUUGCAUCCAAUCUAUUUCCAAGUAUAUACAGUGAAGCUUUUCUUCAAGAAUGAAGGUUUGGAACCAGCUGAGGACAUCUUCCUCAUUGAACUGCAUGUAGCCCUGGAAGAAUUUGACCCCUCCGGAGAUCUGUCUUAUUCCAAGGACUAUCUGCUGAUGAAGAAGAAACCUACUGUAGAGGUUCCUGGUGCAGAUAUUACACUAAUGUAUAAAAAGGUUUUGCUUAGUAACCGUGAGAAAGAGGAGACAUCUUCUUUGCGAUCCACAGGCUUGGUUAUGAAAGCCAUCCCCUCAAAUGAGACUGAAGAUCUGAUGCGCUUGAAUGUCAGCACUUCUGAAAUUGUAAAGACAGCCAACCUCUCAGGACGAUCAUAUUCUUUAGUUACAAAGAAGAUCCGAACACGCAACAUCAAAAUACAAAGCACAGAACACAGGUCCUUCACUGUGUGCCUGGACAAGGACUCCAGAAGAGUCUACAAGAAUGUGAUUGGCAUUGAAGUUUCCCCUUGUCUGGAACCUAGCUACUGCUUAGAAAAGACAAGAGCCAGACUGACUAGCUUGCCAGGAGAUGCAGAUGUUGGACUGUCCAAAUACUUGCCCAAGUCUUUGUUACUACCCAUUAAUACUUUUGCAAGCAUAAUUCAGUGAAGAAGCUGACAAUCACAACUAUUCAAAUAUUUUGCAGGGGCACUGAAUGCAUUGAACAGAAAGGUUCCAAGGGAAAGGCAAACAAGUCUGCUGUAGAAACAGCCUGGUCCAAUUUGGAGAAUGUGGGAGGUCAGAUAAUAAACUGGGGAAGAGAUGCAAGAAGAAGCAAUAAGGCGUGAGACUGUCAACCUUCUUCCAGUGUGCUCUGCAUAAUAUGCCCAGGAUUGUUGUAAGGAUAAUUUACUUGAGUUUUUUCUUAUACCAUAAAGGAGAGGAGGACAAUAGUUUUAGUUUUACCUUUCACAUAGUGGAUUGAAAUUAUGGUAAACAAAUGCUACAGUAAAUAAUUUUUCCUUCAAAUACUUUCUCAGGGUUUCAAGUUAAGAUUGUAGUUCUGUGGAAUCAGGCCCUGUUCAAUCAUGUUAGAGAUAGGAAUGCUAUUCUGUAGAACUGCCAAAUGUUGAUAAUGGUCACCAAAUUAAAGAUUUAGAAUUCA